AUGAGUGAACUCAAUCUUGAGCAGGUUCGCGACACCAUGGUCGCCGUCGCCCACGAGGCGGGGCGCAUGAUCCUGGCCGCCAACCCGGCCGACAUCCCCUCGGGCACCAAGCUCAACGCCGUCGACAUUGUCACCGAGGCCGACCAGGCCGUCGAGAAGAUGGUCGCCGGCAGGCUGUCGGCCGCGUUCCCCUCGGUGGCGUUUAUGGGCGAGGAGACGUACAAGCCCGGCAUGAAGCUCGGUCCGGAGCCCACCUUUGUCGUGGACCCCAUUGACGGAACCACCAACUUUGUGCAUGGCUUCCCCAACGCCUGCAUCUCGCUUGGCCUCGCCGUUGACCGCAAGCCCCGCGUCGGCGUCAUCUACAACCCGUGGCAGGAUCUCCUCUUCACCGCCGUCCACGGCCAGGGCGCCUUCAUGACGCGCGGCAAAGACGCCGCGCCGCGCCGCCUGCCGCUCGCCGCCACACCCCGGCCGCUGACGGGCCUCGGCACGGCGCUCGUCGGCGUGGAAUGGGGCUCCGUGCGCGACGGGCCCAACUUUGACGUCAAGGUCGAGACGUUUCGCCGGCUCGGCGCCUCGACGGAGACGGGCGGCGCCAUGGUGCAGUCGAUGCGUUCGCUGGGCUCCGCGGCGCUCAACCUCGCCUCCGUCGCCGCCGGCGAGCUCGACCUCUACUGGGAGGGCGGCUGCUGGGCCUGGGACGUCUGCGCCGGGUGGUGCAUCCUCGAAGAGGCCGGCGGCCGCAUGGUCAGCGGCAACCCGGGCGACUGGGAGCCGACGGUCGAGGGCCGCGUCUACCUCGCGGUGCGCGGGGCGCCGGGCGGGCAGACGGAGAUUGUGGAGGAGUUUUGGAAGCUCGUGGGCGAUGGCCGCAUGGACUACUCGUCGUGA